CGGAGUGGUUAUCGCGCAAGACUAGAAAUCUUGUUCCUUCGGGAGCGCCAGUUCGAAUCUGGUCGGCGUCGUCCUUUUUUUGGCACAAUUUUUUGCCGGUUAAAAAUUGUGUUUAAGAUCUUUUCUUUUGGCUCUGACUCCUACCUUGUAGACGCUUGCGUUUUGGCGCUUUGUCCCUGCGACGGUCGAGUGUGCUUGAGCUCGCACCCUCCACCUCCACCUCAUCCUCCUGGACAUGCCUCCACGGCCGUUUCCUUUUGCCCUGCGUGUGGGCACCGAUAUCUGUAGUAUUGCGCGCGUGCAAAAGCUUAUGACGGCACCUUCUCGCCACUUUCCGCAGCGCAAAGGCUGGCAUCUUCAUCGCUUUCUCGCCAGGUUGCUCACAUGGCCUGAACGGCAGUACUUCUGGGAGCGAUACAAGGACACCGACAAUGUUUUGAGCGAGUUACACGCGGUCGCGCCGUUUCUGGCAGGGCGAUGGGCCGCAAAGGAAGCUUGUCGCAAAGCUUGUGAGCACCUAGGCUCGUCGAAUGGCCUCCAUUCUAUCAUAAUCCUCCCCGUCGCUUCUAAUCGUGGCUUUACCAUUGAGACUCGACGACCGCAGGGACUCAUCCUUCGUGAACGUUUACCUGACCAACCGACCGAGCUCCGGGAGACAGGGGAAGCGCAGGAUAGUAAUCAGGGAGUGCUUUUCGAUAUCGACGCUAUAGAUGGGCAAUUGUGCGAGGUCAGCAUCAGCCAUGACACACAUUGGGCUACUGCCGUCGCAAUCGUUCCUACAAUCGAAGAAUGGAAAGAACAACACUCUGAGGGAUAGGUGGGCGGAGAAGAGAAGCACUCGGCCUAAAUACCCAGCGUUGUCCAUUGUUUCGACUUGCUACCGUUCCACGUAGACAUGCGCCCGGAGUACCCUCGCAAACCACGGUGAAAUUCGGAUGAAAUGAAUGGCUGACGAAACAAUCAUGCGCUGCUGGGAUUUCGAGCGUCGUCACAACAAGCACCAGAUUAAGGUUGGUGACAGGAAGUCCUGCGGCAACUCCUUGCAGAGGCAUUCAUCCACAGUACUACGUGGGUAAGAAAACAUGAG